AUGACGAGCUCUAAAGCCUUAUAUUCAACUAUGUUAAUUUCUUUAUUAUCCAUAUCAAUUGUGAAUGCUCAAUUUUUUGAUGGAUUAUUACCUAAUUUUGGUGGAUUAUUGCCUAAUUUUGGAGGAUUAGGUCCUGAUUCAAUUACAACAUGUUUAACGUCAGUUAAUGAUGUUCCUAAUUGCGUUGAUGAAAUAAUUACAUCUUUUUUAAGUGUACAACCCCAUUUAAUUGGUCCUCAAUGUUGUGAAGCUGCAUUAGAUAUUAGUGAUGAAUGUUGGCCAAAUAUUUUCCCAUUUAAUCCAUUUUUUCCACAAGCUAUUAGGAGUUUUUGUUCAAAAUGA